CCACCCUCUCUACAGUGUCAACUCAGCACUCUCAGCAACAAUGGCGGAUAAUCAACAAGUACUAGACAUUAGUCGCGAGUUCUCCUGCUUCCUAUGCAAUGGCUACAUCACUCUCCUCGGCUCCAUCACCAUGGAGACCAACUCCCUGCGUCUCGCUGCAGCCAAUGGGAUGAUACUAGAGUCCAUACUGUAUGCCAAGAUGGCUUCUGUGACAGAGGAAGAUCCUCCCACUCCACACUCUCUCUUCCUCAAUAAACCAACCAGGUCGGUGUAUAUCUGCCACCUCAUGCGUAAGGAAAAGCUGCUCAACUUCUUCAAGGCACUCAAUCUCUACCAGGACGAUGUGAGGCUACCAGCUGAGGCUUUGGGAUUCACGAGCUCACAGAUGCUUAAGAAAGCACAAAGCCCAAAUUCUGAUUUGUUCAAAGAUCCUCCAGAAGGAUUUCAGCAGUCUGUAUGGGAAUCAAAAUCUCGUGUGUCCAGUUCCAAUACACAACAGCAGUCUGUAUGGGAAUCAAGAUAUCCUGUUUCCAGUUCCAAUACACAAGUUGUCCCAAUUCAAGGAAUGACAAUACGUGCUAUAACUACUACUGCUGGAGGUGGACAGAUGGUCGUCAUCGCAUCACCCUCUCAGCACCAACCCAAGAAGAAGCCUGUUCUGUGUGACCACUGUGUGGGUCACUUGCGGGGUAUGUUCCCUACUCAUCCACAGGAGGAGCUGGAGAAGGCUCUGAUGGAGGCUCAGGGGGACUUAAACUUUGCACUCACCAUCCUCAUCUCCCAGUCGGACACACAGCAACCAACCAACCCACCACUGCAAGAUGCCCCCCCUCCAGAUGUCCCCCCCACCCAUCAUCACCUCCUAGCGGCUACUGAAGCUUCACCCACGACAGUAGUGUACAGUCCGGUGGUCCUCUCCCUGUCCUUUUCGGCCACGCCCCCUGGUCCCCCAUCCUAUGAUCUCCUCUCUCCCUCGUUUCAAAGAGUCAUGCAGUUCAGCGAUGGUGACCUGAUUGCAGCAAAGUGUAAGCAUCGAAUGUUGGAGUUGUGUUCUGGUCUAUACAAGUCACUACGAGUGGUGGCUGGCUUUGUGCUCUGUGAGAAUGGUGACAUUGGUAAUGGAAUUGUGGUCGCACUUGGAUCAGGAUUUGAGUGUCUGGGUGUGCCCCUCGUACCCGUGGAUGGGGGUGUGGUUUAUAACUCACACGCUGUUGUCACGGCAAGACGAGCAUUUGUUCGGUUUCUCUCUUCUCAAGUUUCUCGGUUCCACUCUCAAAAGCCGAGUAUUCUCAGCCAACGUGACGGGAAGCUGCGACUCUCUCCCUCAAUCAGUGUACACUUGUACGUUAGUAAUGUGCCUUGUGGAGACGCUCGUACCAUUGUCAGGGGUCAAAGGUCAGGAUUAGAGCGACAGCUGCAAGUGGUCAAGCGUGAUUCGUUGUCUGGAGUUCCAACGUCGAGUCUGAGUGAUAUACGAGAGCAGACGGAGGAUAUGUUGUCCAAUGCUGAUCACCCCCUUCUGAGCAUGUCAUGUAGCGACAAAAUGGCCGCCUGGAACGUGACAGGAGUUCAAGGGGCACUAUUAAGCCACUUCAUCCACCCAGUCUACGUUGAUAGUAUUACCGUGGGAACUGACAUGACUAGCAACUGUGAUCACCUAUUUAGAGCAUUUUCAUCUCGUGUGGAAGGCGUGACAAAUCUACCGGAACAUUACCAUGGCAACAAGCCAGACGUGAGAGUACCAUCUCGUUACACUGAUGAUUUCAUUGAAG